CGUCCAGAAAAGAAAACAAUCAUGGCGGACUCUGAAAGCGUAUCUCUGGUGUAUUUGGCAAUAAGCAACAUUCCUGUUGCUUUACGCUCCGCGGAUUUGAGGAAUUAUUUCAGUCAGUUCAUAGAAAGCGGCGGUUUCCAGUGUUUUCACUACCGGCAUCGACCGGAGGUCCUCAGGGAGCCCGAGGUGUCCGGGGAGCCCGUGUGUAGUGACGGCGAGGAGGGCAGCUCCAAAUCCCCGGACACCAACCCGGUAACGCGCACCGGCUCCCCGAAGAAGCAGAAGGUCAAGACGUGCUGUUGCAUCGCCUCGCUUCGUGCUCACGAUGCCGACAGACUCGUCCGGAUGUAUGCGGGGAAUCACUGGAUCGACCCGAAGGGGAACUGGCUGGCGAGACGUUGUGUUAUUAGACGAGUAAAGGUUGCACGCGACCACGAUGAUGGGUCAUUCCCCUAUAAAUCAAAGCACGAGCAGCGCCACCGGGUGUCCUUGACGGAGAGUUUCACAGAGGCCGACCUCAAAAGUCUCUCCGAGCUGAAUCCACCAGCUCUGAUGCAGAAUGGGAACGUAGGCACACCCGUGAAAGUGUUCCUGCAGCUCAUCCAGUCCUGCCGACUGCCUCCGCGUCUCAUCCGCAAGCUGGGCCUCACUUUCCCCAAGACCAGCUCCAACCGUCGUUACGGCAACGUACCGUACCAAUAUUGGGACACCUGGACUCUUCCAGCCACUGAAGAGACCGUGUUAACAGCUGCUGGACAUGAAAUUUCAGGACCGGGCACUUUGGCCCCUCGAUCCUCGAGACCGAGGCUGCUAGUUGAUCACACGGCAACAACAGAGACUGAAGAGCCACAGAAGGAGAAGGAGGAGGAGGAGGAGGAGGAGGAUGCACAGUCCUGUGCGGAUGAUGAUGAUGAUUACUGUGAGGAGUGGGAGCGCCAUGAGGCUUUGCAUGAGGAUGUAACGAGCCAGGAGCGAAGCAAAGAGCGGCUGUUUGAAGAGAAAAUUGAGUUGAAGUGGGAGAAGGGCGGCUCAGGCCUGGUGUUCUACACCGACGCCCAAUACUGGCAGGAGGAAGAAGGAGAUUUUGAUGAACAAACGACAGACGACUGGGAUGUGGACAUGAGUGUUUACUAUGAUAAAGAUGGAGGUGAUAUGGAUGCCCGUGACUAUGUCCGAAUGCGGUAUGAACAAAGGCUAAGAGAGGGUCUUGAAGAUGGAUCUGGACACAGUCAGUCUAUUGGCGGCUUUGAGAAGUUUACUAAGGGCUUUGGUCGUCGUUUGAUGGAAAAGCAGGGCUGGAAGGAUGGUGAAGGAUUGGGAAACAGUCGGAUUGGGAUUCCUGACGCCCUUGAGGGUGAUGGCCAACAUCCCAAUUGUAAAAGAGGCUUUGGGUAUCAUGGAGAGAAACUUUUCUUACAUCCUAUAAAAAAGGCCAGGACAGAUUUUCAUAUCACUACAGUGUACGACAAACCCAAAAACAUCGAUGAAGGGGACACCUUGCUGAGACGUCAACCAAACACUAGUCUGAAGUACAGAGGCUGGCAGCCAGGUGGCACCAUUGGACCACGACGAUAACAGUAACAACCUGGAGGCUGAUUCCCUGCAUAGGACAUCACAUGUGGGCCCCUCUGACACCCUGGUCCCGUCUAAUGUGAGCUCUCCAUUGAC